ACCAGAGUGAGGCAGAGAGCGCUCGGGUGGCCCCUGUGAUGCUCCUGCUGCCUCGCCUUUGUAAACAGCACAGACCAUCAUGUCGGGCGGCUCUGGAGGUGACGUGGAAAUUGACAUCUCCGGUGAAAUUGAUGUUCCUGAGAAGCUCCGUGAUCCUUCCAAAGCAGGGUUCAUGAUGCAGCUCCCCAUGCAGCUACAGCUGGCGUCUCCAGCGGCGCGAGAAUGGGUCACUCGCCAGAGGGAAAAUGUGCGGCCAUGGAUGGUUUUCUUCAAUACCCAAAAAUUCAAGGCACCACCCAGUGUCCAGAGGUGGAGUAAACGUUUGGCCAAGAAUGUUGAUUACUUCCAGUCGAACUACAUGUUCGUCUUCGUUGUUCUCAUCUUGUAUUGUCUGAUCACAUCUCCUCUGCUGCUUUUGGCUGUGGCUGCAUCUCUAGGAGCAUGCUACAUUCUCUCCCUUCGAAAUGCUGAGAAGAAGAUAAUAGUUGGAGGCCAUGAGGUGUCUUUGGCUCAUCAGUUUGCUGCUGUUGGAGUUUUUUCUCUCCCAGUGUUCUACAUUGCAGGAGCUGGAGCUGUCCUUUUCUGGGUUCUAGGGGCCAGCCUGUUCAUCAUUAUGGUCCAUGCUUCAUUAUAUAACAUUGAGAGUCUCUUAGGCUCAGAUGAGGAGCCAUUCGAAUUGGAGAUGGAACAGGUGUAGACAGUGUCAGGUGCAGAUGUCUUAAUGGAACCUGCAUCUACAUAAGUUGACCAAAAUGCUAUGGAAUCUUUAAUGUGCAACUAAAGGCUGGAUCUGAAUGUUUUUUCAUUUCUCUUGGACAACAACCACUCUUAACAUUUUGAAAUAGUGUACCUAAUUUUGGUGUAAUAGGUACGAGUAAAAUGUGCACAGAGAAAUUGUAUCGGGAACUUCACCUUAAACAUGCUCUCUACAAAUACCCUAUGCAUCCGGUGCCAUCAGUAUGCAGUUGUUUAUUCAGAACAGAAACCACAUCAAGAGGCUCAGUGAUAGUUGGUGACUAGUGGACACUUCAAUAAAGGAUGUUUGACUGACCAGGUGUUAGAAAUAUAAUGACCAUCAACUUAAUGAUGGGCUAAUGGGCAGAUCUGUUCCAAGUUAACCAAACGAACCCUCCCUUGCUUUCACUACCCCAGUGACUUUCAGUAGUCAUGAACUACUUACAGGAGCUUUCAAGUUUUAAAAGAAAGCUAAUACAACUGGUGCAGAAUUCUCAGCAGCAAAGCUCAUCAUAUAAGUGGUGAAGAAUUCUCUACAGCAAUAUAAUAUAUUACUUAGCAAUAGACACAUAGGAUAGUAAAUAAUUUGUGUUGAAUAUGAAACUUUCUUGGGAGGGAUUAGAUCACUUUAAUUAUUUUAUCGAAGUAAGAGGUUUGAACAGAGACUUGAAUCAAAAUUUGGAAACUUUUAAAAUUAUUGUGCUUCCUAUUCCUUCACAUUUUAGGGUUAUUAACUCAAUACAUAUUUAUUGCAUUAUGUUGCCAGUUUUCUGUGUUCACCCAUGGAAUUGCACCUUGCCUUCAAGAAGCACCGUACACUCACUGCAAACAUAUUAUUGUGCACCAUAGACUAUGGUAUAGUCUGUUUCAUUCCGUCUGUCCACUCGUGAACGUAGAUAUGGCACCUGUGCAUUGUAAGUUCGUGAUUGCGUGAAGAUCAACUUUAUAUUUUCAGCGAUAUAUUUGAAUGUUUGUGUAUACAAAAAAACCUCAAGUCGUCUUAUAUAAACCGCAAGCAUGCUGAUUUGCAUUAAUAAAUCUACUAUACAAGCACAUGAAAGAACAACUUGUAUAUUGAACAGUAUAGUCUGAUCAUACUCAAACGAUUUAUAGCCUCUCAGAUACGCAUAUUUCAUCUCAUUCAGGUACAUAAAGUUACAUCCGACUCUGCAAGUGUCUAUACAUAAGGAAUUUUGAUGCGUGGCAUGUAAAUAACAUGGGUAGCCUAAUAUUCGAAAUAGCCUAUCAUCGCAUUCAAGUUAUUAAUUAUUAUUUCAUGUUAUUUUGAUUAUUAAUUGUUAUUUGCAUGCAGUAAAUUAUUAAGAUACCCUUUAUUUGCACUUGCAGAGCCAGAUGUCUUUUAAUAUACCUUAAAUGAGCUAUCAAUCAAUGAAUUUGAAAAACCAUAGAUCGUUUGAGCAUGAUGUGACUAUGUUAUUUGAUACAAGCUUGUCUUUUCGUGUGCUUGUGUGUUAGAUUAUCGAUGCAAAUGACUGAGUUGUUUUUUGUAUACAUAAACAUUCAAAUAUAUUAUUGAAAAAUAAGCUUGAAUGUCUAUCACAACAGUUGAUUUUCACGUAUUCAUGAACUAGAAAUGCGCAGGUGCCACAUCCAUUAAAAUUUCUGCUUUGUUGGUGGACAGAUGAAAUGAAACAGACUAUAGUAAUAAGUGCUUUGCUCAGUUACCUGUUGUUUGUUACCAGUACACCAGGUAUUCGUUAUAUGUGAGGGUUACGUUCUGCAAAAAGCUCGCAUAAUGUGAAUUCGCAUAUAUUGAACCUAUCAUCCCAUUAAUUAUAGGGGGUUAUAUUCCACGACACGUUUUCGAACCCUCUAGCUAUUUAUUCCGGCAUCGUUUCACAAUAAUAAAGCACUAAAGCAACAAUAAAGCACAUUAGGUCAGAUAAACUGUAAAAUAUAAUAUGAAAAUACAUUGUAAACAAACAAAAAAUUAGAAAUUGUACUCAUUCUGACUGGCGGAGGAAAAGGUUAAUUAUAGGCGAGAAAGGUGCGGGAAAACAUUUGCACCCGCCGCCCUCUUGUGCAAGUCGGCCACCAUACCUCACCAACCAGUCGCACCAGUGCCGCUACUCACAUAGUGGCGAAUUUUUCUUGCAUAAAACGAAUACUUGGCACAUUUAGGUUAGUUGCAUAUGAGUGAAUUUGCAUAUUUCAAACUUGCAUAUAUCGAAUACCUAGUGUAUGUAUUAUCAGCUUUCUUAUUGCACCUUGCCACUAGAAGAAAGAUUGUUCAACAUAUGAGUAUAACUGGAGGUUUUUCCCUUCCAUGUGCUGCCUAAUUGUAAGUUUGUUGGGAAGGUCAUUGGAAUUUUAAAGAACAAAAUAAGAUAAUAUUGAAACUAAUUAAGUGAAAUGUCAUAAAAUAAGCUGCUCAGCAAAUAGUGCAUAGAAUUUUCUUAAAGUAUUUUUGAUAAUAUUUUUGUAAACUACUGUUUGGUUUGAAAAUAAGUUAUUCAAGAGGACUACAAGUAACCUUGAAUAAAGUGAUAACCAUCUUACCUUGGCUAGUUCAACAACUUAGACUAAUGAAAUAGACAUUUAUUAGAAAUAUAUUUCUGAUAAUGUUGAUUCAGUUACAUAAUUAAGGUAUUUCAUUCAUUCAUAUUUAUUCAUUGCCUACUUAAUAUCCAUAUUUUUAUAAGAUCAUUAUAUGUCGGUUGAGAUCAUUAUAAGUCAUUGCAUUGAGAGUGUUGAAAGUGUAAUAUCCGUGAUUAAUUAAAUAUAUAUAUAUAUAUAUAUAUAUAUAUAUAUAUAUAUAUAUAUAUAUAUAUAUAUAUAUAUAUAUAUAUAUAUAUAUAUAUAUAUAUAUAUAUAUAUAUAUAUAUAUAUAUAUAUAUAUAUAUAUAUAUAUAUAUAUAUAUAUAUAUAUAUAUAUAUAUAUAUAUAUAUGUAUAUAUCCAAGUACUCCCAGAGUUACAACCAUUUAAUUUAUGUUCAGCAAAAUUGAUGAAAAUGAUAAAUAAAUCAAUACACAACAUAGAUAAAAUCAGAUAAUUUUGAAAGUUGUUCAUUUAGUUAUAUCACCAAAGUGAUUAAUGGGCUGAAGCAGCCUUUACUCAGGCAUCACACAUUUAACUCCUUUCAUUAUUCAGCUGUUUUUUUCUGGGUGUAAUCUACCCUUUAUUGAUUGUUAAAAUAUGUAGUAAACUAUGACUGGGCUUGGAAAAGCACUGAUCUUGUCUCAGCAUGACUAAUAACAAAGUGCAGUCAGGUGCUCCAUCAUGCUAACAUUGAUGCUACAGGCCAGUUAGAUAAGAUACAACAGUGUUGUGAAAAAAUAUGGCUAUUAUUUACAAGCCUUAAUUUUGUAAUUAUUUUCUGUAUUUCCACAUUUUAACACUGCUCCAUUUGAAUGUUUCACCUUGUAAAAUACCAGAUAGCUUACAAACAUUAUUGUUACUGAAAUAUUGUUGAUUAUAUGCUGGAUAGGUUUUAUAUGUUGGUGCACUUCACUACUAUUGUUAUUAUUUUUGCUUGCAUCAGAUUUCUUUGAAUAUAGCCCUCUCAUCACUUGGGGAGUUUCUGUAUGUGUGUGUGUGUGUAUUAUAGCUUUUUGAAUGAAUUCAUAAGUAUUUUCUAGUAGUUUAGUUUUCGGAGUGAAUUAGUGAGUAUUUUCCUAAAAUCACAGAGGCAUCUACUUCUGUUCACUUGAGAAAGUGUAUAGCUUAUUUGAUUAUUUAAAUUAAAGAUAAUUUAUUAUUGUCAAUUGAAACUUCCAUUUAAUAAAGAAAAUAUAUAUGG